AUGGUGGAUCCCGUGCCUGAAGAGGAGAAGGCGGAAGCCGAGCCGGGAGGCCCAGGAGGGGAUGAAGCCGCCGCGUCCGUGCCCCCCGACUCCCAGGACGCCCAGCAGCCUGCGGCCUCCUCGACCACGGCCUCCGCGGCGGUGCCCCGAAAAGCUGAAGUCCCAGGCGCAGCAGAAGGUGGGCGGCGGGAGCAGUCCCCGCUGCUGCACCUCGAUCUCUUCAACUUUGACUGUCCGGAGGCCGAGGGCAGCCGCUACGUGCUGACCAGCCCUCGCUCGCUAGAGGCCUGCGCCCGCUGCGCCGUUAAACCCGUGGAGCUGCUGCCACGGGCCCUGGCGGACCUGGUGCGCGAGGCCCCGGGCCGCUCUAUGCGGGUGGCCACCGGCCUGUAUGAGGCAUACGAGGCGGAGCGGCGCGCCAAGCUGCAGCAGUGCCGGGCUGAGCGUGAGCGUAUCGUGCGCGAGGAGAAGCGGCGCCUCUUCACGCCGUUGGGCCCCGCGACCACCGCGGCCCCGGCCCCCAGCGCGGGCAGCAGCAGCAGCUGCAGCAGCGCCAGCCUCCCGGCCUCGCCCGCACCGCGCGCCGCUCGCAAGGCCUCCUCCAGCCCGUCCCCGGCCCGGCCGCAACCUCCGCCCACAGGGUCGCGGGCAGGUAGAAAGAGCCACUCACUAGACUCCCUGUCCCGCCGCCGGGAGGGCGCCCUCAGCUCGGAGUCCGGCGCGUCAUCGUCGUCCUAUAGCGGGGAGAGCCUGCGGGAGCUGCACUGGCCGCCGCGGGCCUCGGCCCGGAACAGCUGCCCCGCGGGGUCGGCGUCCUCUGCUCCCAACCCGCUGGGCCGCCCGUCCGCCUUGGCCUUGGUUCCACUCACUGGCCGAAGCUUCAGCCUCGGCGACCUGAGCCACUCGCCGCAGACAGCACAGCACGUGGAGCGCAUCGUGCGCCAAGUGCGUGCGGAGCGGGGUCUGCGCGGGGUGCCGGAGCGCGACCGGAAGAUCGCGGCGCUGAUGCUGGCGCGGCACCAGGAGGAGCGCCUGUUGCUGGAGCAGCGCGCCGCGGCCCACGGCCAGUGGGAGAGGCAGCGCGUCCGCGCGGAGCAGCGGCGGGAGCGCGAGGAGCGCGAGAAGCAGCGCGCCCUGGAGCAGGGCCGCCGGGCCUGGGCAGCGCAGGUGGAGGAACGGCGCGGCCGCCGGGGCCGCGAAGAGCGCGAGGAGGCGAGGCGGCGGCAGCGGCAGUGUGAGCGCAGCGAGGAGAGGCGGCGGGAACUGGCGGAACGCCAAGGGCUCCUGCGGCGGGAGCGGGUCGAGCGCGCGGCCCAGGAGGACCGGCUGCGCAAGCUGCAACAGGAGCAGAACCUGAAGCAGAGGGAGGAGGGCCUGCAGGAAGGGCGCGAGCGGUCCGAGCAGGCCCGCAGGGAGCGCGCCCAGCGCGCAGCCCGCGCCAAACAGCGGCAGGAGGGCCAGCUUCAACGCGAGAAGCGGGAGCUGAGCCGAGCCGAGCGCGCGCGCCACGAGGCGCUGCUGCAAGGCCGGGCCCGGCAAGAGCGCGAAGAGCGAGAGGGCCUGCGGAGCUCCCUGGAGGCCAGCUUGGGCCGUGCGCAGGAGAACUACGAGCAGCUGGUGGAGCAGCGCACACGGGAGCUGCGUGAGCGGGCCCGUCGGGAGGAACUGCAGGGCCGGCGGGCCAAGGAGGCAGCGGAGCGCAAAGAGCGGGAGCAUCAGGCUCACCUGGAGGCGCUGGCCCGGGCGGGCGAGCGGCGGCUGCAGCACGCGACGCAGGCGGCUGAGGAGGCUGUGCAGCAGAAAGCAAGGCGUGUUGGCCAGAGCCGGCUGGAAAAGGAGAGGGCCCAGCGCGCCAACAAGGAGAAGGUGGAGAGGGACGAAGACUGCCGCCGGAGGGAGCUGAUCCAAGCCAUCGGGCGCAAGCUGGAACGCAGUGAGCAGCUGUCUCGCGAGAGGCGCAGCGCGCUGGAGAGCGCCCGCUCCACAGCCCGGGCCUCCUUCCACGUGCGCGAGAAGGUGCGCCAGGAGACCAACACGCGCUCUUUCGAUCGCAUGGUGCGAGAGGCCCAGCUGCAUGCCAGCCUGGACCGUAAAUGA